CCGCUCACCUACAAAAGCGUGUAUAGACACUUCGGCCACCAUGGAUAAGAUGAAGGGUCUCGCCAAGGGCGGGUGGCACCCAUCAACAGAUAGGGCUAUCACCAAGGAAAACUGGAAGUCCGACCUGAAGGCCAAUGUCGGCUUAGGCAAGAAGAAGAAGGACCCAUAUGAGGAAGCUAGGAACCAUCAGUCUAGGCCGCUUGCGAGUCUACGAGAUCCAGACUCAUUUGGCCCGCCGCCCAAGCAUUCCGCCUACUAUGGUCCAGAUGGCCAGUCAGUCAGCAGAACAGGUACUGGCCUGUCUACAGCUUCGGGUAAUUCAAGAGCUGGACUGGGCGGUCCAUUAGUAGAGUCUGGUUACGCUGAGCGUAGACGGCAGGAGGCUGCAGAAAGAGAGGCACGAGAACAGGCAGAGAUUGAAGCCAAGAAGGCAGAGCCAUAUCGAAUGAAUACCUCCGGCCUGCGGACAGAUAACCUGCCUAAGCCACCUGUACGCAGAAAUGUGGAUGCGGAUGGCGCGGCCAGUCCUGGUGCGAGCACAGCGACAGUAGCAUCGCCAGUGCUACCUCCAAGAGCACCACCAAGACAGACCACGGGCACGAUUGCUGCGCCGGCUAGGACUUCUUCACCAAGUGGACCGGCUCCAUUCCUCCCGCCUAGACAGAAUGAAUACCCGGAUGAGUAUACUCCACCGCCACCGCCCACGUACAAUGAGGCUUUGAGUGCUCCAUCUCCUCAGCAGAAUGUAGCAUUUAUGGCGCAAAGUGUUGCUAGCAGAUUCAACCAAAAUGGGUCUUCUCCUUCUUCAUUUCCUGCGAGGCAAAACAGUGACAAUCCAGCGGCCAUCAAUCAAAGUACUAUGAACAGGCUAGGACAAGCUGGAGUCUCGGUGCCCGGCUUAGGAAUCGGGUCAAGCAGUAAUGGCACAAGCGGACCUUCUGCUCAGCAAGUACAAAGCGCCGCCAGUAUGGCUCAUGGAGUCGCAAGCCGAUUCAAUCAGAAUGGAGGUGGCGGACAAUUGAACGAAUUGCAACAGCGCUUUGCACGAAUGAAUACUGGCGCAUCUAACGAUACAAGUUCAGCACCGGCUUCAGCCUUCAGCGCCGCAGCAGCGCAGAAGAAAGCACCACCACCUCCUCCACCGAAGAAAGCUGGGUUGAGUGCUGUGAAUGCUCUUCAAUCUGGCGACAAUUCAGCUGCUCCACCGCCUGUACCAAUGAGUAGCAAGCCAAAGCCGACUUGACCGGCUUUUCGGUUCUUGUUUUCCGAAAUUGUGUCGCUCGGCUACAUGCGAGAUCUUCGGUUGUCACUUCAAUUGAACUGCCCAGUAUUUUGAACGAUUCCCCUCAUUUAUACUGCAAGUGCCUGUUCUAAAGGAAGGUUGAAAGCUCCGCGCCGAAUGCUUGUUCAGUCAAGGGUGUGCAUACUUGUCCCUGAAGUCAAUUGAAAAGGAGCA